AUGGCACGCGAGGAUUGGUACUGCCGGAACGGUGGUCUAGCAAUAUUGGAUCCCACCUCUCUGUCGGCCCAGUACUCCUACUGGGCCGACAGAGAGCAACCCUACACCAACUUGAAGCGGCACCUCGUGAAGCGUUUGUGCGCCAGCGAGCAGAAGCGCAUCCGCCAGCUCCUCACGGAGGCACAACUCGGAGAUCGCCGUCCAUCGCAGUUCCUCCGGCAUCUUCGCCAGCUGCAGGGCACCUCUACUGUGGAGUCUGCAGUGCUCCAGGAACUGUUUCUGCAACGCCUCCCACCCCAUGUACGAAUGGUCCUCGCCUCCGCAUCCUCACUGUCUCUGGAACAGCAGGCCUCCCUCGCUGACAAUCUAAUGGAAAUCGCCAGCACUCCGCAGCCGGCCCUACAUCAUGUCGCCGCUACGCCUGUAUCACCCAGCCCUGACGCGUCCAUGGAGCUUCAAGAACUGCGUGCCGAAAUGUCCUCCCUCCGCCAACCACUGGAUCGUGCCAGCUCAUCUCAGCACCGUGGUCGAUCCCAAUCACUAAGGCAUGGCCGUAGCAAGUCUCCCCAACGGCCACAGAAAGACCAGCCUGACGACACUCUCUGCUUUUACCACCGCCGAUUUGGCGAUGAAGCACAGCGCUGCACGAUGCCAUGUUCCGAGUCGGAAAACUUCCGCGCCAGCCAUUAG